UUCUUUUUUCUAAAAAAUGGUGAAGAAAGAGGCACCGAAGAAUCCGGCAGCGAAGAAACCGGCAGCGAAGAAACUUGAAUUCGACAAUUCCGUCGCUGAAAUGGCUGUUGAAGCUCCUCGAAGGCGAGGAAGAAGGCCAAAUGCUGUUUCUGAAGAAAUUCCUGUUGCUAAGGAAUCUGUGUCUAUAAAGAAGAACAGCAGUCCGAAAUCAAAAGCAAUUGCGCUUGUAUCUGAAAAAGAACCAAUUGAAGAAGAACAACCUAAUCAACUAGUUUUACAAAAUUCUUCUCUGGUUGACGUUCCACAGCCUGAAUCUCAUCAACUUCAUUCACAAGUUUUGAAAGAAGUUGGCGCUGAUGGCCUGCCUAUCGUGUUUAAUUUUGAUACACAAUGUUCAGGAGGAUCAUUGUGUAAAUUAAUUAAAGACUUCUCUCCUGAUCAAAAGGCAGCUGUUCAAGAGAUAGGGUUUGGAGGAUUGUUAGGCCUUCAAUUAAGUCGAAAAAACACUCAGAUGAUGUACUGGUGCAUCAAGUGCUUUGAUGGUGUGAUUUCUCUGUUUACAAUCAGUGAUUCCAAGCAAUUUGAAAUCACUGAUUAUGAUGUGUACGAUUUGUUUAUGUUCCCCCUUUCUGAGCUGGAGGUUGAAGGGGUUAAACGUGGGCGCAAUUCCACUAAUCCUGAUUUUGAUUUGAAGAUCAAGUGGAGAAAAGAGUUCGGUUUUGAAGAGGUCAAUGCUCAAAUUCCUAUAAGGUUGCUUGAGGACAAGAUUAAAUUGUUGACAGAUGGUGGUGAUCUGUUUAAACAAUUAUUUGUUUUUGUUGCUUUCUCUACAUUUUUUACUCCAACAGCCAAUAGGACUGUAGAUUUGAGAUUGGCUAAGGCUUUGGAAGAUCCUAAAAUGAUUUCCAAAUACAAUUGGUGUAAAUACGUUCUUGACGUAUUAUGUGAGGAAACAGUGAAAUUUAAAAAUAGUUUAUUGAAAGGCAAAGAUCAAAAGACAUUUGGAGGCUGUGUUGUGUUUUUGCAACUUGUGUAUUUUCAGAGGAUUAAGUUUAGGAAUUCCAGUGGUAUUCCUGAUCAAUUACCUCUUAUUCAGCAUUGGACAUCGAAGAUGGUAACCGAUCGGAUUCAUGCUGAAAAUGCCAAUAUGAGUGCAUUAUAUGGUUCUGGUAUAUUGGAGAAGGGGAAGUAUCCAAUUUCCAAAAAGUUUGUUUUUGUUGAUGGUCAAAUAGAUUUGACCCAAAUCAAAUCUAUUUCGAAAGAAAAUGAAGCAGGCAGCAGUGGGGGAAGAGCUGAACAGCCCUAUGUUGGGCGUCGAAUUCCAAGUCGGCGUCCUAGGAUUCUUCAGUUUGAAAUCCCUAAUUCUCAUCCUACAGAUGAAGAAAUUUUCUCUAAAGCCACUGAUGAUUUUCAUGGUCAGUGGUUGUUGAUGAAGAGAGAUCUGGAUGUAGUUUCAGCCAUCCAUGCUGAAGAGCUGUUCAAAUUAAAGGCUUCAAUGCCUUCGCAGAACCAUGGCGAUGAUAUUUUGGAAAAUUCCACUUAUCAAAAGAUGGUUGAUGAGUUGGUGGAGAUUCAUCAGUUGGUGAAGAAUCUACCAAAUGGUUGGGAUGACAUUUUUGGUUCAAGUAACAAUCCAGUUGUUACUGCUGCCCCUCAACCUUCUGUCGUUGUUCCAACUGAGCCUGCAGUUGUUACAGCUGCUGUUGUUGAUGCAACAACAUCUACCGAAGCAAUUAUUCGAGAAGUUGAUCCUAACACUCAAAUAAAUGCAGUUCUUGAUUCUUUGAAAAGCAAAGAUAAAGAAAUUACGGAGGAUAAUGAUGAAGAAAUAGAAGAAUAUGAGCGCGUGUGGGCUGGAUUUCAAAAAUGCAUCAUUAACAACCAUGCUGUAUCAAGAGUGAAUGUCAGUGUCUAUGGCAUAGAGGAAAAUGUGAUGUUUAUGUCUCCGUUUAUGAUAGCAUUUGAAGAUUUAAUGAGGCAUCUUCCAGCAUUUGUUCAAGAAGCUGUGGACUUUGCUGCUCUGACUGAUGGAGAGGGUAUUUUGACUGAUGAUAAAGUUAUAGAAUACAAUCAUUUUAUUGCGGUAGGAAGAGAUGACAUGUGGACCCUUCCUUCCACAUUUGAUAUUCUUUUGGUUCAUAUUGAAACUUGGGCUUUUUUAUUGAAUGAAAAUGAAAGGAAUCCUGCUGGUUCUCCUCAGAAGCUGUUUUUAGGUGGCACAUAUUGUAAAUAUGUUGCUGAUUUGAUUGAGAAACCAGGCAAUGAAAAAAUCUUGUCUGAAUUGUGUGUUUGUCUUAAUUAUGGUGUGAAAGAUGUAAAUGGAGUUCAAUCGUUGAAAGAUUGUAAUAUGGUAUGAUUUAUAUUUUCUUUAUAUAACCAUAUUAUCUUUUUUUUUGUCUCCUUUCUUGUAGUUGUAAUCUGUUGUUUUUUUUUUUAUAUAGAUUUUUGCUCCUGUUCUGAUUGAAGACCCGAAGCAUUAUUACCUGUUUGUCAUUAGUAUGAAAGACAAAAGUGUCUAUUUCUUUGAUAAUAUGCUUUUGGAACCAAAAGAGAUGGAACAAAGGAAGAAAGCUUAUUCUGUCUUGGUAAG